UUUUAUCCGUUUUUCCGUUUGUCAAUAUGCCUAUGGGAUUUAGUACUGAAAAGUAUGAAGAUAUUUAUUUCGCUCACGGAUUUUGUAAUGGAAACGCAGAGGCAGCAGUUCGAGAAUACAGAAAUCGCUUCCCUAGGAGAAGGGUACCUAAUGCACGAUUCUUUAUCAAUACUCACUCACGUUUCUGUCAGUUUGGGUUGCGUGGCAAAAAUGAACAAUACCGAAAUAAUGGCCCACUGAGAAGAAAUGAUAACAAUUACAUUCUUAGAUUUCUUGAUGUUAACCAACAAAUCAGUUCUAUAAAAGCAGCUCAACAGUUGUAGGUUAUUUAUAAACUGAUAUCAUGUCAUUCUUUUAGUAAUUUUGGUUUUCUCUUUUCGUUCAAUACUAUUCAGGUUUCAAAAUCG